UUUUCUCAUUUUCUCAUUUUCUCAUUCAUCACAUUUUCGAUCAGACACAAACAAUGGCAUCAAAAUUCAUGGAUGAAAAAAUUUCAUGCAAUGAUCUCCCCUUGGAUUUUGUAUUUGGUGUUGCUACUUCUGCUUAUCAGAUUGAAGGAGCCAAUGAUAUGGUACUGGCAUAUUUGCUCCUGGAAGAAGUGAGAUUUUUUCUAUUAACUCAUGGCUGCGCACCAUCAACUUCUGGCUCAUGCUGCAGCUGUUUCCAUAUACAAGAAAAACUUUAAGGUGAUUUCUCUGGUUGAAGGAGCUAGUAAUGAAGGUGGCAGGGGUGAUAGUAUAUGGGAUGUUUUUACACACACAGAAGGAAAAAUUAAAGAUGGGAGUAAUGGGGACAUUGCAGUUGAUCAAUAUCAUCUCUACAAGGAAGAUGUCGAACUGAUGUCCAAGUUGGGAUUUGGUGCUUACCGCUUUUCUGUAUCAUGGUCUCGAAUUUUCCCUGAUGGUUUGGGAACGGAAGUCAAUGAAGAAGGAAUUACCUACUACAACAAUCUCAUUAAUGCUCUGCUUGAUAAAGGUAUGCAGCCAUACUUAACAUUAUACCAUUGGGAUCUACCUAGCCAUCUUCAUGAGUCUAUGGGAGGAUGGUUAUCCGGCAAAAUUGUAAAGUAUUUCGCAAUGUAUGCUGAGACUUGUUUUGCGAGUUUUGGGGAUAGAGUAAAACAUUGGAUCACAUUAAACGAACCUCUUCAAACUGCGGUAAAUGGAUAUGAUAACGGCACAUUUGCUCCAGGAAGAAGUGAAAAUUCUUCUACUGAACCAUAUUUGGCUGCACACCAUCAACUUCUAGCUCAUGCAGCAGCUGUUUCCAUAUAUAAUAAAAAGUAUAAGGCUCAGCAAGGGGGUGAAAUAGGCAUAGUAGCUGAUUGUGAAUGGGCAGAGGCUUUUUCGGAUAAGAUGGAGGAUAAAACUGCUGCUGCAAGGCGUAUCGAUUUUCAUUUUGGAUGGUUUCUGGAUCCAAUAUAUUUUGGAGACUAUCCUAAGAGCAUGCGUGAGGAACUUGGAGAUCUCCUUCCAAAAUUCUCAGAUGAAGAUAGAGAGUUGUUAAGGAACUCAGUAGACUUUCUGGGUGUGAAUAACUAUACAACAAGGUUGAUUGCUCAUGCAACAACAAGCCCAGACCCUGGGCAGUUUAACCGCUCUCAACAUUUGGAGAGAAUUGCUGAAUAUCCAGGGGGUGAGGCCAUUGGUGAGAAGGCUGCGUCAGAAUGGCUUUACAUAGUUCCUUGGGGGCUCCGUAAGCUACUGAAUUACGUUGCACAGAAAUAUCAGAACCCCAAGAUAUACAUUACUGAGAAUGGAAUGGAUGAUGAAGGGGAUCCGAAAGCUCUUCUCCAUGAGAUGCUAGAUGAUAAAAAGAGAGUUGGGUACUAUAAGGGUUACCUUGCUGCAGUAUCCCAAGCAAUCAAGGAUGGAGUAGAUGUUAGGGGGUACUUCGCAUGGUCUUUCUUGGACAACUUUGAAUGGGCUCAAGGCUACACCAAGCGUUUUGGUAUUGUUUACGUCGACUACAAGAAUGGACUCACCCGACACCCCAAAUCAUCUGCACUCUGGUUUUCUCGUUUUCUUAAAGGCGAUGAAGGGAAGACUAUUAAGGAAGACUGAUUCACAAUUUAAGAGUUGAUGCUAGAUCCCUCUUUCUUUCUCAGUUUUCAGCUCUUUAUAAUAGCAGGGAUUUACAGGGAGUCGCCUGGCUUUGACAGCCUGUGUGUUAGUGCUCUCUGAUUCUCAAUGUUGCUUACUUGACCAAACUGCAUAAGUUUCCUAGUCAUCUUCUGUUGUUUGAUGCCUUGAUAAAUUUGAAAACACAGUUAUCUCAACUUUCUCUCCAUUUGUUGUUGUUGUUGUUGUUGUUUCCUGGGGAAGCAUAUUUUGGUCUUUGGGAAGAUGCUUAAACAAAGUGUUAUUUUUGGAAGCAGUUAUUGUCCAGCACCUGGGCAGAGACAAGUAUCACCAGAAAAGAUUUUGU